GAACUUCAUCUCAGUACACCUCAACAGUGGGAGCAAAAUCGAGACGAAGACGCACAGAGAAAGAAAGUGAAUUCGCAAAUGGCGAUUUCGACCCAAAGUGUCGUCCCCAGUAGAAAUCAACUCAUCGUCUCGGCUCUCUGUAAACGCCUCAAUUUGGAGUCUAAAAAUUUCCAGGGUGACAUUUUGCAAAAGGAUAUCAAGAGCUUGUGUGCAAGCAUUUUGACCACUCUUGAAAGCAAUGGUGAGGUUAUGAAAUGGAUAGAGUUUGCAGAGAAUUUUUCAGUAGAUUCUGAGGCUUGUUUAAAGGCUCUCAACGAGUUAAAUGGAUGCUUGGCUUCAAAGUCUGUUCUUGUGGGGGAGGGGCUGACACCCUCUGAAGCUGAUAUUAUUGUCUUCUUAGCACUUUAUUCCUAUGUGAAAGGUCUUUCGGAUUCAGAUCGGGAAGAGUUGCCACAUUUGAUGAGAUGGAUGGAUUAUAUCCAGUGGAGCAGUGUUCCUGAUGGGGGAGUUCCAUCAGAAAUCCUGCUCCUUAUUGAAUUGACAAGUUCUUUGAUCUUUGAAGUUGUCAAGGUUGCUGAUAUUAUUCCUUUUAAUAAGGAGGACUUUGGGAAAACAUUUGAGCAGAUUUUGAUAGAGAAGGACACAUUUGAGCCUCCGGCUUCAAAAAAUGUUGAGAAGGUGGAAACAGAUUCAAAUGCAAAGAAGGCUGUGCAAGACAAGAAAGAUGCAAAUAGUGUAGAAAAAGGCUCGAGUUCAAACAAAAAUGCUAAUGCGAUCAAAGGAGAUGGUCAAGUUGUGAUAGAGAAGAAGAAAUUGCCUGAAAAAGUAGCAGAUGAGAAAGAUAAAGACAUUAGUGUUAGCUUGCUGAAAAUACAGGUUGGCCUCAUUCGCAAAGCAUGGAAACAUCCAUCAGCCGACAGUUUGCUGGUUGAAGAGAUAGAUACUGGAGAUGCUAAAUUGCGGCAGGUGGUCAGUGGUCUGGCAAAGUAUUGCAGUCCUGAUGAGUUGACAAACCGCCGUGUGGUGCUAAUCACUAAUGUAAAACCUGGAAAGCUAAGAGAUAUAAUGUCAGAAGGAUUGGUGUUAUGUGCUUCUAGUGAAGAUCAUUCUGUUGUGGAGCCUCUGAUUGCUCCAGAGGGUGCCAAAGUUGGUGAAUGCAUUUCAUUUUCGGGGCAUGAGGGAAAGCCGGAAGAUGUUUUAAACCCAAAAAAGAAACAGUUGGAGAAGAUUACACCACAUCUGUUCACCGAUGACAAGGGUGUGGCAACGUUCAAGGGAAUCCCAUUCAUGACAUCUGCUGGGCCGUGCACAUCUUCCAUUCCUAAAGCAAGCAUCAAAUAAAGAAGAUUAUUAUGUAUGGUCUCGAACGUAACUGAAAUAGGUAGUUUUCCCUAAAUCUGUUUUCUUCAUCUGCAAAAUGUGGCUGCUGCUGUUCAUAGGUUUAUGUCUCAUUCGCAAGCCCUGCCAUGUUAGACAAUGCCAUACUGGAGAAAAGAAAAUACUGUUCCCUGAUGAAAGACAAUAUUAUACAAAGAGAACCUCUUAAUUUUCAGUCAAAAAUAUUUUCCAUGUUUAAGAUCAUAUGAGUUUUGGAUGUUACCACAUUCACUUUUAAUGUUUCUUAUACCGAUCAGAUGGUUUAUUGCAGUAAAGAACAAUAUGUUUCUCUGUUUGGGGAAA